UCUGAACACCUGUGUGUAAAUGGAAGAGAAGCCACAAAUGUGUUGUCAGGGAUACAUACUGUAGGCUGCAACUGUUAAAACAGGUAUAGUAAGUGUGUAUUUUGUAUUCGUGAAAUUGACGUGAUUUGAAAGGAGUGGUAUAUGUUUAUAGAACCGUACCGCAAUUGAGAAUUGAUUCCUGUUUACAUGGAGUAAUGUCAUUUGUUUUGGCUUCCAGAGCCAAUUCGCCCUUGUAAAUCAGAACAUGUAAGGUCCUACGGUGUAACGUUAGUCUCCUUUGGUCCAAUACUGGGCUAGUUUAGGCCAUAUUUUUCCCAGCUGCCACAUGCAUAAAUCAAGUGUCGGGGGUUCAAUUUUUCUGAUAAAACAGCUAAUCCCAGAUUGUUGUAGCUUUACACUGAAAUAUAUGAACUCAUGGUUAAGCAAACCCAGCUAGCUAAAAACAAACCACCUCUCAACUCAUGAACAAACGUGGCCGACGCGAUUCAUAUAACAAUCAUUUUAGCUAUAAUUGUAUAAAAUAUGGUGAAUUUUGUUAGCCAACGUUACCGUAGCAAUUUUCGGAUGUUCCUAGACCCAGAACUCCUGUCAGCUUUUCGCAGUAGUUUUCAACAUUUCGGCUCACGGAAAAAAGGACUGUGACUGCACACCGGAAAUUGAGUUUUUUUUAUGUAAAGUUAAAGUUGCUAGUCCUUUAAGAAAUAAACUUAUGCAAUACAAAUUAUAAUGCACAUUAUUUAUCAAAUUCGAUGUUUAUUCCUUAUGUCUCGUCUAAAACCAGAUAUGAAAAUAAAAAGGGAAUGAGACACGUUUUUCACAAUGCAAAGUUUUUAGUCUCUUUGUCUGUGCUCAUGAAUUUGCGCCACCCUGUGGCGAUAUAAGACAUGUACCUGUAGGCAAAGCCUAUAUCAACGUUAUACAUAUAUAUAUUUGUACAUUUUAGUCGAGUUUAUAUCUGCAUGAAGAUACAGAAUGUUAAGAAGGCAUAGUUUAUUACCAGUUUAGUCCCUGGAGAUUGUCUAGAAAAGGGGUCUGUUCACUAGAACAGACCCAUUAGAUAUCCCAUUGGUCUCACUGGGGCAUCUGGUAGCCUUUUUCUCAGUUGAGAAAAAUAAGAGCAAAACUGCUCCUUUGGGGUCCACAGCCAUUCAAUGUAUUUGAACUAUUCCAGACAGAACAGCUGAACAGUCAACUAAUAAUAAAGCCCUUGAUAAGUGAAUCAAGUUGUGAAAUAUCUGGGUGUCCCAGAGGAGAGGUACGAGAACCACUGUAGUAGGGGAUGUUCACUUAUCUUAGGGUAAUGGUUAAAAUCCAAAAUUACUUUUAAAAAUAAACAAUAUAAUAAUAAUAGUACAUAUCGUGAUGUUUUACUUCACAGUUAGAAACCCAUUGUUGUUACAGUGCCCAAUCACCCCACCAGAGAAUCACUGAAUGGGAAAAUGAUGUCAUUAUGUAAAUGACCCCGGUGGUCGAACAGUGCAUUUGCGUGCGAACACUGUCCUCAAAGGUGGAUAGAAUGGCUAAUAUUUAACCAAUAAAAGUAAUGACCUGUGGACAAUCUAAUGUCCACACUAUCAUCCUGUAAACAACUUUGUGCAACAUGCCUUAAAAUGCUGAUUUCACAUUAUACCAACACAAUCAAACAAUGUCAACCCAUACACUUAGCUUUUGAAUGAUUUAUGAUGGUACAUUUACAUAUAAAGAAGACAGCUCUCUCUCUCUCUCUCUCUCUAUUAAAAAGGGAGAGACUGAUGUCCACGGUGCAGCAUUGUAGUUGUGGCCAAGGGAGCAGCUGUCCCAGUCGUGCCAGACAGACUGAACCCCAGAUGGACCUCAUCCACAGCAGUGGGGUGCUGGUGAUCCAGCACCUCCAGAGCAACUACAAGGACUACCAUGACUUCCUUGACUUCAUGUCCUCUGUGGGCGACCCUCGUAACAUCUUUUCUCUCUAUUUCCCUCUGUGGUUUCAGCUUAGCCAAAUUGUCGGCACCAAGAUGAUAUGGGUGGCAGUUAUCGGAGACUGGUUCAACCUCAUUUUCAAAUGGAUUCUGUUUGGUCAACGGCCAUACUGGUGGGUGCAUGAAACUCUCUUUUACCAGAAUAAUUCACUCCCCCAGCUGGAGCAGUUCCACAUUACCUGUGAAACAGGACCAGGCAGUCCAUCCGGUCAUGCCAUGGGCUCUUCGUGUGUCUGGUAUGUAAUGAUCACAUCAGCACUCAACUUUACCAGACGCCUUUGUGACAGCUCAACUCAGGGUUGCCAGAGGUUUGGGCUUGUGUGGUCCUUUUUGUGGAUGGCAUUUUGGAUCAUUCAGAUUAGUGUUGGCAUCUCCAGGAUCUUCAUCGCCACACACUUCCCUCACCAGGUUAUCCUUGGUGUUCUAGCUGGUAUACUAGUUGCUGAAGCAUUUGAGCAUGUUCCCUCGAUCCACACAGCCAGUUUAAAAGUCUACCUUCACACUAGCUUAUUUCUGUUCUCCUUUGCCGUCAGCCUUUACUUGCUCCUUAAAAUGAUAGACAUUGACCUAUUGUGGUCGAUACCUAAAGCAAAGAAGUGGUGUGCCAAUCCAGACUGGAUCCACCUGGACACUACACCUUUUGCUGGUUUAGUGAGGAACCUGGGAGCAUUGUUUGGACUUGGCCUGGCCAUUAAUUCUCAGAUGUUCAUCCAGAGCUGCAAGGUGAAGAACGGCUACAAGACUAGGUUUAAACUCAUGUGUGUAGCAGCCAAUCUGACCUCUCUGCAGCUGUACGAUUUCAUCAAAAUUCCCACUCACACAGAGAUCCUGUUCUACACACUCUCAUUCUGUAAGAGUGCUGCAGUCCCUCUUAGUGUGGUGGCACUCAUCCCCUACGGUGUUCACUUGUUGAUAGGAGACAAGGAGAGGAAAUUAGACUAAAUGUUUGUACAUCGUCACUUGACACAAUGACGAAUUGCAUUAUAAUGAACAUAGAUUGCCUGACUCCUAUGGCAAUUUGUUUAAGGUUGUAAUGUAGAUAUCUUUUGCUAAGCUGUUUACCUUGUUGGAAAAUGUGGAUUAUAGUUUUUGCAAUGUUAAAUUGUAUGUUACAUGUACAGUGUGAAAUGAGUGAGCUGGUGUUUUUUUAAGACAAAAAAAAUUAAAGUAAAUUGUAAACAAAA